UACACAACUUAAUGCGUGCAUAAAGCGCAUGCAGAUUGCGCACAUAAUAUAUGCGGCCAGUUAUUGACAAAAUGGCGACACGACGAAUACCUUUGUCGUCAUUUUUGCCUGGUAAUAGCAACCAACACGCCCUUAGUGAACCGAAUCGUGAGCUGUUUGAGGCGUGUAGAAACGGAGACCUGACAAGAGUAAAAAAGUUUGUGUCGUCAAGUAACAUAAAUGCAAGAGAUACGGCAGGGAGAAAAAGUUCUCCCCUUCAUUUUGCAGCAGGAUUUGGACGUAAGGAUGUUGUGGAGCACCUAUUACAGAAUGGUGCUAACGUUCAUUCCAGAGAUGAUGGAGGGUUAAUACCUCUUCACAAUGCAUGCUCUUUUGGACAUGCAGAGGUUGUAGUAAUCCUCCUAAGAAGCGGUGGAGAUGCUAAUGCCAGGGAUAACUGGAAUUAUACACCUCUCCAUGAAGCUGCCAUUAAAGGAAAAAUUGAUGUGUGCAUUGUCUUGCUACAACAUGGUGCUGAUCCUAAUAUACGCAACACAGAUGGAAAGACACCUUUAGAUUUAGCUGAUCCACCCGCGAGAGCUGUGUUAACUGGAGACUACAAGAAAGAUGAGCUUUUGGAAGGAGCACGAAGUGGAAAUGAAGACAAACUGAUGUCACUUCUAACACCGUUGAAUGUCAAUAGUCAUGCUUGUGAUGGGAGGAGGUCUACACCUUUACAUCUAGCAGCUGGGUAUAAUAGAAUCUCCAUUGUUCAGAUGUUACUUCAACAGGGUGCUGAUGUACAUGCCAAAGACAAAGGUGGUUUGGUUCCAUUACACAAUGCCUGUUCUUAUGGACAUUUUGAAGUGACCCAGCUGCUGAUCAAACAUGGUGCCAGUGUGAAUGCAGUAGACUUGUGGCAGUUCAGUCCGCUCCAUGAAGCAGCAUCAAAAUCAAGGGUUGAGGUUUGUUCCUUCUUGAUGAGUAAGGGAGCAGAUCCAUUCUUAAUGAACUGUCAUUCAAAGAGUGCUGUAGAUGCGGCUCCUACUAGAGAACUCAAGGAUACCCUACAAUAUGAGUUUCGUGGACAUCAAGUGCUUGAAGCAUGUAGACAGGCUGAUCUUGCCAAGGUUAAGAAACAAUUAACUGCUGAUGUGGUUAACUUCAUGCAUCCACAUACCAUGGAUCGACCUCUGCAUUGUGCAUCUGGAUCAGCGUUUCCUAAACGAAGACAAGUCGUUGAUCUUCUCAUCAGGAAAGGAGCAAAUCUUCUGGAUAAGAAUAAUGAUGGUUUAGCACCUCUUCACAUGGCUACUUCUAAAUCACACCUAGAUGUGAUGGAGAUCUUAUUAAAGCAUGAUGCUAAGGUGAAUUCAACCGAUAACCUUGGUCAGACACCUCUUCAUCAUGCUGCUCGUGAUAAUCUGAUAGAAGCCUGUAAACUACUCCUAUCAUAUGGAGCUGAUACUGGUGCAAUGUGUAGGCAAGGACUCACACCAAGUCAGCUGGCUUCAGAAAACAUCCAAAAAAUUCUGCAAGCGGAGGAUCAGAGGAUGUCUAUGACUGAUGAAACUAUGCAAUUCUUAGAAGCCUCUAAAGCUGGUGAUCUAGAUAAAAUGAAGGCUAUGGUGGAAGGCAGUAAACAUCUAGUUAACUGCUGUGAUAAAGAAGGCAGGCACUCCACUCCACUUCAUUUUGCAGCAGGAUAUAACAGAGUAGCAGUCGUUGAGUAUCUGCUUAGUAAUGGUGCUUAUGUUCAUGCCAAAGACAAAGGGGGAUUGGUUCCUCUGCAUAAUGCUUGUUCAUUUGGCCAUUAUGAGGUAACUGAGCUACUACUUAAGAGAGGAGCUCUGGUCAAUGCUGCUGAUCUUUGGAAGUUUACUCCUCUUCAUGAAGCUGCUGCUAAGGGAAAGUAUGACAUCUGCAAACUUCUCCUUCAGCAUGGAGGCGAUGUGAACAAGAAGAAUCGUGACGGUCAUACCCCACUGAACCUAGUGAAAGAUAGUGAUCAAGAUAUACAAGAUCUACUCAAGGGUGAUGCUGCUCUCUUAGAUGCUGCUAAGAAAGGAUGUUUAGCAAGAGUUCAGAAGCUGGUGUCAACAGAUAAUAUUAAUUGUAGAGAUUCACAGGGAAGGAAUUCUACACCUCUACACCUGGCUGCUGGCUAUAACAAUGUGGAGGUAGCUGAAUAUUUGUUGGAGCAUGGUGCUGAUGUGAAUGCCAGAGAUAAGGGUGGCCUUAUUCCUCUUCACAAUGCCUCCUCAUAUGGGCAUCUGGAUAUAGCAGCCUUGUUGAUCAAGCAUAAAACCUGUGUAAAUGCUGUUGAUCGGUGGAACUUUACUCCGCUUCAUGAAGCUGCCCAAAAAGGCAGAACUCAGCUUUGUGCACUCCUGCUUGCCCAUGGAGCUGAUCCUACAAUGAAGAAUCAAGAAGGCCAGACACCUUUAGACCUUUCCACAGCUGAUGAUGUUAGAUCGUUACUCCUAGAUGCCCUUCCUCCUACUGCAAUUAAAUCACCAUCAGGUCUGCCUGGUCCUACCACCACCCCCACCACACCUACUCCACAAACAAUGAACCCUGGAAUCAGAACAGCUGGUAUGGGUGUGAGUGCCCCACCGACAUCAAACUUUAGGCCUACAUCAGCACCGGCUGUAGGGAGUGCUUCCAUUGGUGGCCUUCCAGCUCUAACAGGUGGUAGUAGUGCAAUGACCGGUGGUACAGGCAGCAAAGUGACAGGUGCAAGCGGUACAAUCAGUGGUGUCAAAGGAAUUAGUGGUGCUGUAGGUGGUAUUACACCCAUUGGACAACCGGUACAGGUAGAUGGUGCAAUACAGUUUGAACGAUUAGCAGUAGAAGGCAACAAUCCUAUGGACAUUAGCGUUUGCUCAUUCCUCAGCAAUCUCCAGUUAGAUCACCUUCGAGAUAUCUUUGAAAAAGAACAAAUCACGAUGGAUGUGUUAGUAGAGAUGGGACAUGAGGAGCUCAAGGAGAUUGGUAUUAAUGCGUUUGGACAUCGUCAUAAGAUCAUCAAAGGAUUGGAGAGAUUGAUCAGUGGUCAGGGGACUCCUAGUCUACAUCUCAGUAUUCAUAAUAACCAAGGUUCAAAUCUUAUUGAUAUGCUUCCUGAGGCCAAGGAAUACCAAUCAGUGGCUGAUGAGAUGCAGUCAACAAUUCGUGAGCAUCGUGAUAAUGGGCAAGCUGGUGGCAUCUUCAAUCGGUAUAACAUCAUCAAGAUUGAGAAAGUGAGAAAUAAAAAGCUAUGGGAAAGAUACGAACAUCGCAGAAAAGAAGUUGCAGAUGAGAACCAUAACCAUGAUAAUGAGAGGAUGCUCUUCCAUGGAUCACCUUUCAUCAAUGCUAUUGUGAAUAAAGGAUUUGAUGAACGUCAUGCCUACAUUGGUGGUAUGUUUGGUGCUGGUAUCUACUUUGCUGAAGAUUCUUCUAAGAGCAAUCAGUAUGUAUAUGGGAUCGGAGGUGGAACAGGCUGCCCUGCUCACAAAGAUAGAUCUUGCUACAUCUGCCACAGGCAAUUGGUAUUUUGUAGAGUGACAUUAGGGAAGGCUUUUCUUCAAUUCUCAGCGAUGAAGAUGGCUCAUGCACCACCUGGUCACCAUUCUGUGAUUGGUAGACCUAGUGUAGGAGGUCUAGCCUAUGCAGAGUAUGUCAUCUACAGAGGAGAACAGGCAUUUCCAGAGUACCUUAUCACAUUCCAAAUUGUCAAACCAGACAGCACUGAGAAAUGAUUCUCAAACUACUGAUAGAGGACAGCACAGAUUCGGCCAAGAUGUUCAGCAUUUUACAUACACCUGAUAUGAUGCAUUGCAUUGUUUGCUCUAUACUGUUGAAGUGUUCACUACCGGCAUACUGUGUAGUUUGUACAAGACAAGUUGUACCUACUUGUUCAUAGUACGCAUGUUAAAAGCCUUUGUAUAGUUUAGUAAGCCCAACAAGUUUUCUUAAGAUUUCUUUGAUAUUAUUUGAUAAUAGCAAGAUACUAGCAGUUCUAGGAUGCUUAGAUGUUUUUUCUAUUCUUCUUUUAGUUGACUAUUAAACAAAGAAUAAACAAAUACUUGAUAGCCUGACCAGAUUAGAAUUACCAACAUGCAAUUGAUAUGAUUAUAGAAGGUUUAUACUCUAAAUCGACAUAAACCUCUGUGAGAUUGCAUCAGGUUAGCUAUAUGGAAGACGGAUACAAGCAUUGAUUGGAAUACAUUCAGAUAGUCACAUUUAUAUUAUUGGAAAUAAUGGACAGAACAUCAAAGUCUAGUGUACAGACCUUUGAUACACAGAGAACAGUUUGCCAUCAUAUGCAACACAUUCAUUGCAGUUUUAUGUUUUGCUGGCGGUACUGAAUAUUAUCUUUAACUACUACAAUAGUCCUGUACAUCAGAGAUGGAUUUAGAUGUUUGUGUUCUGGGGAACGAAAGAAGGAAAGAAAAGCUUCAUAGGGGUAUAUGUUUAUACCAAGUUAUGUAUGGCAUUCAAUGAUUAUAUUGUAAUUGUGGCUUUAGUGCCAGUAUUCUAUAAGAACUAAGAUACUUGUUGCAGAAUUAAAACUUGCAUUUGGGGAAGACACAAUACGAUCACAAUGAAUGAAUACUUUCUGCAUUGUAUGUUUUAAUGUGCAUGGUACAUGGUAAGAUCAUGUGAAAUCAAGUAGCUUAUCCUCUUCAUUACCACAACUCUCUCAUUAUCAUACAAUCUGCUACAUAAAAAAUAUAUAGGCAAAGAAAAGAAAUUAUCUGUUUUCAUGGUACUCCUAGCUUUCCGGUGUCGAUGGAACUACCGGUAGAAUAUUUAGAAUAAUUUGAAAUGCUAUUUUGGUUUGAUGUUGAUCCUACUGUAUCUACUACUUAAGAAAUGUUUACAAUUUGAGGCUAAAUGAUGAGAAUGAGUUUACAGAUACUUAAUCAUCACAAACCAAUCAUUUUCACUUUCAAUUUUUUUAUUGAUUGGAAAAAAUAGACAUUAGAUCGUAAUCCAAUCUUUGGAACAAGUAGGGUUGUGCUAGGGCAGAAAAAACAGAGAAACGGGUGGAUGAAAUUUGUAAGAAAUUGUACAAAGGAUAAGAAAAAUAAGAUAUUUUUUAUAUUUGAGAUCACUACAUCCAUGUGAUUUUGGCAAUUUUCUUUAUUCAUGUCUGUGUGUAGGAGCAACUGGGAUAGUUUUCCAUCAAUAUAUCAUUGUGAAUUUGCAAACUGUUUAAAUUUGAAAGCCCACAUGUAUAGAAAUCCUACUUAUAAGAAAACUCACAAGUUUCUCAUCGUUUAUGAGAUUUUGUUCAAGCUUCCACCAAUCAUGUUAUCUGCUCUCCUCCAGCACAACAUGCCUUCAAUGUUGUGUUUCUUUUUUAUGUAAAUGUUGAGUACUGUUAAAUACAUGUAAAGCCCACCGCACACUAUACGAUCUGACUACGAUCUGAUUUUGGAAGAAUUUGUAAUAGAACGUGAUAUGAACAUUCAAAGUUGUAACAUCUUAACGAUAGAGGAUCUGAAUAGACAUGUAAUUCUUAAAAUCAGUUUUAAGAGAUGUCAAGCUUCCUUGGAAAAGCUCAAUCAGCUCAGAAUCCAACUAACAUCAGACCAGUAGUACAAUGUUCUACAAUUUGAAGCUGAUUCAGCUGUUAUUCUGACUGAAAAGAGUAUAAAGGCUGCACUGAAAAUUCCAGCUGUUAGUAUUCUCAUCAAUAUGUAUAACGUAACUCAGGUAGAUGAUGUUUGUUUUGAUUUCCAUAUCUAAUAUAACCAACCAUUCUUUGAAAAUCAGAUUGCAGGAUGAUUGUGUAGAUUGGGCGGGGCAUAAGCCUCUAGAUUUCUUGCAUUAAAAAAAAUAUCCUAUGUGAAAGAACAUUAUCUGAAUUGUCCUUGAAGAUUAUGACAUACAAUGUUCUUAUGUAAUUCUUGUAUUUUACAAUUUUGCACUUAAUUUAUAGGGGAAAUGCAAUGUUUGGAUUUGGCAAGACCUUUUUAAUGUGUCUCUUUCUAGAGGUUCUUUGCUCAAUCAAUGUAUUUUGGAUGGAUGCUUGCACAUGUGUGAAAGCAUGACAUGAAGGCCAUUUUCUGGUCUAUGGAAACUCUGCACACGUUUGUAACUGUUAUUUGCAUUUUGAUCUGGUAAUUCAUAGCAUACCAAAAUUCAGUGACUUCAUGUUUCACAAAAAAAAUCGGUAGUACAGUAUUAGUUUAAGGUUUUACAGAAAGUAAUUGAAUGUAAUUUCUAUUCACCUCUUUGAAGCAGUCAUACAAAUCAAGAAUCUUUGAAAGAAAGCAGUGGAUUAUAAUGACAACUCCUAUUUGUACAUGUGUACUUGUAACCUCAUCAGCAAAGUGUCUUGAAAUGGUUUACUCAAUCCUUGCCAUUCUAUAUUCAUCAAGUUGUAAAUAAAAUCUGUAUUUAAAGAGAAUGUUAGCAAAGCAAAAUUGAGUACAUACAUGUAUAGCACCAAGAAAUGAUCAAACAUGUUUGCUUGGCUGAGCUAACAUUUUAAUAACACUGAUUUUAAUGAUUUUUAUUGUAAAGAAACAAUUCAUGAAUUUAUUAAUUGUAAUGUGGUUUCUCUGCAAGUUCAUCUUAUAUGAAUUCACUACCAUAAGAUGAAAGAAACUUAUUGUUACCAUAUUAAAGGUAAUUAUUUAUAUGUAUCAGACUACCAUCUUGAUGUAUGGGGUCAGAUUUUACAGUAUUAAAUCAAAUGAAUUGACUCUACAGCAAGAUGAUUAUGGUUGGUUUGCCUGACCAUCUUAUUCUAUUAAAAGUAAAAUCUCAUUCAAAAUGUA